CGGUCGGUCGGUCGGUCGGUCGGUCGGUCGGUCGGGUAGAUAUGCUGUGUUCAACCCUAUAAUUAAUUCAGUGGUGCGUGUCCUAAUGCAUAUAUUGGAUGGAUGUACCAUGGAUUUUCAAGUGCCUGUGAGACGGAAAAAGGCGCGGUCUAACGCCUAACGAAAAAUGUUCGGCAACAAACCAACGUUCGGAGCCUCGACCUCCAACACAUUCGGUUUCGGUUCGAACACGCAGACGAACGCGAACCCCUUUGGCCAGAACCAACAAAGCAUGUUCGGCAAACCGGCCACCGGUUUCGGUGCGGCCACCACCUCUACAUUCGGCCAACCCCAAAACAAUAGCUUGUUCUCUGGCCAGCAACAGCCUAGUCUGUUUCAAAAUGCGAAUACGUCUUUUGGGGCGGCGCCCACCACACAGUCUGGAUUUGGUUCCACAGGAUUGUUUGGACAACAACAGAGUUCAGGGGGGCUGUUCAAUUCGUCCGGCGGGGGUUUUGGACAACAGCAGAAACCAGCUGGGUUUGGUUUUGGGCAGAACCAAACACAACCGGGAUUGUUUGGACAACAAAAUCAAAAUACUGGAGGUUCAAAUCUGUUUCAGCCACAGAGCAACAAUUUAUUUGGCAGUGGAACUAGUGGUUUCGGUGGACAACAACAAAUGGGAACGACGAUAAAGUUCAAUCCUGUAACUGGAACUGACACAAUGAUGAAAAACGGCAAUGCUCAAUCCAUUAACACCAAACAUCAUAGUAUCACAUGCAUGAAAGAGUAUGAAGGAAAAUCAUUUGAGGAAUUGAGAUGGGAAGAUUACCAAGCUAACAGAAAAGGACCUCAACAAGGCACGAGUUAUGGCACCACCCCGUUUGGCGCCACGCCAUCCUCAACGCCCAGCCUAUUUGGUCAGCCCGACCAAAACAAAUCGACCUUUGGACAGACGUCGUCCGUUUUUGGGCAGCCGACCUCGACUUUCGGCCAGCCGUCGACCGCUUUCGGCAUGGGUGCGCAACAAAAUCAGAUGGGUUCGUCGCUGUUCGGGAAACCGACCAGUUUCGGAACACCAGCCAGCAGCACCACGACCACCGGUUUCGGAGGCUUCGGCGCCACUGCGCAGAACGCCAAUCCGUUUGGUGGUACGCAGCAAAACAAACCGUUUGGCACCGCCUCCGUUUUCGGCACGACCACCUCGCAGCCCUCCACCGGUUUCGGAACCGGUACUAGCCUCUUCGGGAACACAGCGAAUCAAACACAAAACACUGGAAUGUUUGGAAAACCGGCACAACCGACGACAGGAUUCGGUACAUUGGGACAAACGACUGGUUUCGGUCUCAGUUCACAACCGGCAGCGGCACCAACUUCAAAUUCCUUGUUCACUGCAAAUAAACCAUUGUUCGGCGCCACCAACACUUCGACAACCGGUUUUGGAGUGACAAACAAUACUUUCGGCCAACCGCAACAAAAUACAUUCUCGAACUUGGGUAAAUCUUCCUUUGGCACAGGUCUGAAUACCGGUUUCAGUGGCUCAACUUUUGGUGCACCCCAACAAACAACGGGAUUGUUUGGUAACAUAGCAAAGACGGAAGGUGGAGGUUUAUUCGGUAAUACCGGGACCACGGGACUCUUCAACAACUCCACUAGCGGCUUCAACAUUGGACAACCCGCCCAAACUGAUUCGUUGUUCCCUCAGAAUCACAAUACUAGCGGUAAUUUGGCUCUGUUGACGUCGGAUGCGUUUGGAGAGGCUCCCCAUUUGGCAGGACUGGAACCAAAGCCGAGGGCGAAUCCGAACGCACCAGUGGUCACCACGAAUCCAGCCGAAUUGAAGUCGUUACUUGAUUCUUCCAAGAAGGUUGACAUGUCGCACGGCACUAGGUUGAAAGUCAUCCCGAAAAUGCGCAAGGAUAGCCUCUUUGAGGGAAUCCGCAGCCCAGUUUCGGACAACGCCGCCAACCAAGACUACAUCAAAACCUCAGUGCGUCGACUCGUCAUCAAACCCAAGGACCACGACGAGACCACCCCCCAACAAUCCAGAGAAGAUCUAUUCAGCAUUUUACUCUCGCCGGAAACCAACAAAUCCGCCUUGCAAACGUCCAUCGAAACACCCAAGGAACGUGGAGAUUUAUUGCCGAGAGGCGGCGAAAAAAAGCCCUCGCUCCGCCUGAACUUCGACUGCACCGGCGUCGACGACACGCCUAACAAAUCAAACGCAUCGUUAGGCAACAACAGAUCCUUAUCGAUUAAUACAUCGGUGCGUCGCGAUGAAACCGAGGCGGACAUCCACGAACAAUCCGAUUUGAUGUCGCGUGGUGAUCACGCCCAUGUCUCAUCACCGUCCGACAAGCAGCGCCAUCCGACCGGCAUAAUAUGUACCCGUCCCGAAUAUUACACCCUGCCCACUCUGGACGAGUUGGCGCAGUACGUGGACGAAAACGGGAGCUGCAUGGUCAAAGGUUUCACCGUGGGACGACGGGGAUACGGGAACGUCCACUAUUCUGAUGAAAUGGACGUGGCUGGCUUGGAUCUGGAUCAGUUCGUCCAGUUUCGUUACAGAGAAAUCAACGUUUAUCCAGACGAGAGUAAAAAACCUCCAGUUGGACAGGGUUUAAACAGAAGAGCACAAGUUACUCUGGACAAUGUGUAUCCUAAACGUGUGGGAACCGAUGAAAUGAUCAAAGACGUCGCCGAAUUAAUACAGAUGAAUUUUUCGGAGAAACUACGCAAAGUGACCGUCAAAAAGAAUGCGAAAUUCGUCGAUUAUAGACCGGAGAGUGGUUCUUGGGUUUUUAAAGUCGAACACUUUUCUAAAUACGGUUUUAAUGACAGCGACGACGAAGAAGACAGUAGCGAAAACGCUAAGAAACCCUCGCAGGUUUUAAUUAAGAAACCUGCGAAAGACCCGCUGGUUAAAAGUAAAGAAUUGGCCUUGUUUGAAAGGAAAAAAGCUGGUGAUGAUGUUCCAUUCCAACAACAAGAGGUGACCAAAUACGGCCUGGACGAAGACAUAUUCGACGUGGAAGUGGGAGACGACGCCGAAGACGACGUGCUCCGGCAGUCGAUGCUGGUAGACAUGGACGACGACAACUACCAUCACAUACCGACCGAAAUACCCGACUUUCAUCGUUACUCUACGUCGCAGUCGUACAAAAACGCACGCAACGUGCAAGUGAUGAAGAGCACCCUGUUCGCCGACGACGAUCAGUCGUCAGAUGCGUCCUCGCACGUCUCCAUCAUGCGUCAAUACCUGGAUUUGCCCGAAGAGAUGCCACCUCGCGUUCUUUUGGACGAGAUUGUGGAGGAGGAGGCUGUGGUGCCGGUCAAGACUAAGGUGGUGCGAAGGCCGAAGGUUUACGAAGUGAAGAAUUUCGCCGGGUUAGAAAUCGAAGCGAAAAUUCCCAACAAAAGUUACAUGGAUGUGGCUGUUUUUAAGGGGAAGAGUUUCAAAGUUGGAUGGAAUAAAGGAUUUGGUUUUUAUAAGGUUGCUGAUGGGUUGAAAUUAGAUUUUGCUGAAUUAGAUUUUCAGGAGUUUCCACGUCGAAGGUUGCUCAAUGAAUGUCUGGUGGACUCCCUAAAGGUGGUGCUGCAAGAGAGUUCCUACGAAUUGAGUAGAGAACAAAUCCCAACGUUCAAAAUACUGAAAUCUAAUACGUACCUCCUAAAACAAACCGAAAUAUUCGAACGUCUCGCCCAAAACCACAAUCAAAGCCCUGAAUCCUGUUACCUAUCAAGCAUUUGGACCUUGUGCGUAGCUCUUUGGGGACCUGGCGAAAAUAGUCCUCAUCACCGUCGCCACUUGCUCACCGAGUGGCUGAAGAACAACACGAAAACUUUUGAGGAAUACGACAAGAGCGUCGCCCUGUUGAACGUCGACGAAAAGGCCCGUGCCGUUUUCAAUCUCCUGUCUGUUUUUAAUAUACAACGUGCCGCUGACUUGUGCAUGGAAAACAGAUUUCCUCAAUUGAGUUUGUUGGUGUCGCAGCUCAGUUUCGGUGAUAAAUCCAAGGUGUUGUUGCAGGAACAGGUGCACACUUGGUACGAGAGUCUUGCCGCCAACCAUAUUACCGAUGAGAUGAAGAGAAUCUACUUGUUACUCGCAGGGAUUCCCUCUAAAAACGAAGUUAAUAUAUUCAAGGAUGUGGAUUGGAAACGUGCCUUCGCCAUGCAUUUGUGGUAUAUCGUACAAAAUGGGGCACAAAUCGAAUCGGCGAUUGAAAUGUAUCGACGUGCCUUCGAUGAAGUGGGGUAUGCGGAGAAGCCGUCGCCUCCUUACAUUAAACACUAUACGGAAGAUCGAACUUUUGAUGUCCUGUAUCAUAUUUUGUUGCUGUACAAGUCGAAUAUUCAUCGCCUGAGUAGCUGUUUAAAUCCUGCUACUCACACGAAUGAUCCUCUAGAUUAUAGAUUAAGUUGGUUGUUGAUGCAGUUGUUCCUGAGCUUAGAUGUUGGCCUUAUUGAAGCUGGGGAGAAGGUUAAAUUUUGUACCAGCUUUUCUAAUCAAUUGGAGAGUAUGGGUAAAUGGGAGUGGGCAAUAUUCGUACUGUUAUAUAUUGAAGACAAUAAAACUAAAAAGAUGUUAAUAACUAAGAUUUUAGACAGGAACUUGUCACCAGAAACUGAUAAAAUAUCUUUAGAUGUUCAAAAUAACUUGGUUAACAACAUGAAGAUCCCACCAGAAUGGAUACACGUGAUUAAGGGUGAAAAAACUUUAUACCUAGGACGAUAUUUCGAAGCCUUUAAUCAUUUCGCCAAAGCCAAAAACUACAUACAAGCCAACGACAUAUUCGUCGAACACAUCCUCCCCGGUCUGUUCAUCAACGAACAGUAUGACGCCAUAAAACUGCUCGUCACCCAAAUCAGACCCGGUUCUUCCGAAAUCCUCAGAUGGAAACACGAAUCGGGUCUCGUGAACGAUUUCCUGGACCUCCAGAACGACUCGAUAACGAUUAGGCCGGACGAACUGUUCAAGUUGCAGGCGAAAUUACACUCGAUCACCGAACGAUUGUGUUUCUUCCCAUUGAAAACGGAACAACAGAAACUGUGCGUUGCCGAAAUGUCGAAACGCUGCGCGUCUAUUUACAAGGAACUCUGGAAACACAAGGGCGGACUGACGAGUUCGCCGUACAUUAAUUUCAUCGAGGGUCUCGUUAUGCCGCCCGAUUUCAAACAGAACGAGGUGUUCCAUCUGAUCAACGCCGAGUAAUGUGAUUUAUCUUAUUAUAUUUGUACAUAAUGUUUGUUUUAAGUGAUUUUUAUUAUUAUUAAUUAUUAUCUUGUAUUUGUAUUGUAAUUGUUUUGGAUACAAUAAAAUUGUGAUUAAAAUAUA